AUGACCGCAGCUAUUGAAACAGACGUUCUGAUUGUGGGCGGUGGUCCAGUAGGAUUGCUUACAGCUUAUGGUCUAGCUAGACAAGGAGUGGACUCUAUCGUUGUGGAGAAAAAUAACAAGAAUGAACAAGCCAUGUAUGGCCGGGCUACUACCCUUUACCCUCGGACACUGGAGAUGCUCGAUCAGCUAGAGCUUCUAGACGAGAUGAACCAGAUCGGCUUCGUUGCCCGCAACAGUGUGACAUACAAGGAUGGCAAGCUGGUCACCUCGCGUGGCUGGCAUGUCAUGUUUGAGCGGAUGCAUGGCACCUUCUUGGACUACUGCUUGAACAUCCGGCAGAAGUUCAGCGAGAAUGUGUACCGCGAUGCAUAUUCGAGAAUCGGAGGAAAGCCUUUCAUUGGUUGGAAGCUUGAGGAUUUCACCCUCGACAAUUCGGUAGAGGAUGACUUCAAGGUUACUUCACAUCUUACUGAGAUCAGCUCUGGCGACUCUGUGACUGUCAAGAGUAAAUACAUCGUGGGAGCAGAUGGCGGCAGCUCACUGGUCAGACGACUCGCCGGCGUUCCUUUUGAAGGCGACCGUACCGAUUUCAAAUGGGUUCGUAUCGACGGCUACUUUAAGACGAACAUGCCCAAUGCAGACGUCGGAUUCGCCUCGAUCGAGUCGAAGAGCCAUGGCAAUGUCUUGUGGGUCCAGUUGGAUCACGGAGUUAAACGCAUUGGAUUUGCGAUGACUGAGGAGAUGCUUGCCAAGUAUGGCAGCAACCUUACCGAAGAGCAAGCUGUAGCCGAAGCCGUCAAGUCCAUGGAGCCGUUCACCCUGGAAGUUGAAAAGGUUGAGUGGUGGACCCUGUACAGUAUCAAUCAAAGGGUGGCCGACGCCUUCUUUGCCAAUGACAGGGUCCUGCUAGCAGGCGAUGCCUGCCACACUCAUUCUUCCGGCGCUGCCCAGGGAAUGAACACUGGUGUUCACGACGCUGUCAACCUUGCUUGGAAACUGGGCGGCGCUGUCAAAGGCUGGUACGGACCCGAAGUUCUUCAAACCUAUGAAGACGAACGUCGUCCGGCAGCGCAACAUCUCAUCGAGCUCGACAAGGCCUUCUCAGCCACGAUUUCAGGAACUGUUCCGGAACAGUACAAAGGUUCUCGGCUCAAUGCAAAUGAGCUAUUUACUAAGCUAUUCGAUGAAACCAUCUUGUUCAACAUUGGUCUCGGAAUUAGCUAUGGCGAGAAUGCAAUCAACAAAGCCCCUUCAACAGGUAUGAUCUCGGCCGGCCGAAGAGGACCAGAUGCUCUGAUUAUGGCACCUGGAUCUCGUGUCCCCAUGCGACUAUACCAAGUGACGAAAAACACUGGCCAGUGGUGUAUCAUUGUCUUUGCGGGAAGACCCGAUGUUACCAGAGAUGUGUUGUCCAAGUCAGUCUCAGAGCUGAAUACAACUCGAGCAAGGCUCCCCGAGAAAAUGAUCAGAUUCAUUACCUUGUUCGCAGGAAGCGUUGAUGGUGGUGAUAGCGCCUUUGGAAACCCACGAAUCGGAAACAUCUACUAUGAUCUGGAUCGGUCUGCUCAUGACAGGUAUUCCAUUGCUACUGCUAAAGGUGGAGUGGUCAUUCUUCGUCCAGAUGGCAUUCUGGGCAACGCUACUUCGCUUGAUGACAUCGAUGCAGUCAAGGAUUUCUUUGCUGGAUUUGCAGUGUCUGCUUGA